ACUCCGGCCGGGCCGCGGCAGCCCCGGCGCAGCGGUGGCGGCUCCUGGCCCCGGGGUUAUGCGCUGGGGCGAUGUUCCUGCCGGCUGGCGCCAGGCUCCUCCCGCGCUCCGGACGGAGCUUCUUCCUCAGCCUCCUCCUGCUGCUGUUGCUGUGCCCCGGCGGCGGGAGCGCGCCGCGCCGCCGGCCCGCGGGGCCGCCCGUGGUCCUGGUUCCGGGGGACUUAGGUAAUCAGUUGGAAGCAAAGUUAGAUAAGCCAUCAGUGGUGCACUAUCUCUGCUCUAAGAAGACAGACAGUUACUUUACACUCUGGCUGAAUCUAGAAUUGCUUUUGCCUGUCAUCAUUGACUGCUGGAUUGAUAAUAUCAGGCUGGUAUAUAAUCGAACAAGUAAGAUUACCAAACCACCAGAUGGAGUGGAUAUCAGAGUCCCAGGGUUUGGGCAGACAUUUUCCUUGGAAUUUCUUGACCCAAGUAAAAGGAGCGUUGGAAGUUACUUUUAUAUGUUGGUGCAGAGUUUAGUAGAUUGGGGCUACAAACGUGAUGAAGAUGUAAGAGGAGCACCUUAUGACUGGAGAAAGGCACCAAAUGAGAAUGAAGACUAUUUUGUGGCACUUCGCAAGAUGAUAGAGUUACUGUAUGAGCAAUAUGGAAGCCCCGUUGUCCUGAUUGCCCACAGCAUGGGCAAUAUGUACACCCUGUAUUUCCUGAACCGCCAGCCCCAGGAUUGGAAGGACAAGUACAUCAAGGAUUAUGUGUCACUAGGUGCUCCAUGGGGAGGAGUGGCUAAAACUCUCCGUGUGCUGGCUUCAGGUGACAACAACAGAAUCCCUGUUAUCAGUUCACUCAAGAUCAGAGACCAGCAGAGAUCAGCAGUUUCCACGAAUUGGAUGCUCCCCUACAACUACACGUGGCCUCCAGACAAGGUGUUUGUGAGCACACCCACAGCUAACUACACACUCCGGGAUUACUGGAAGUUCUACAGGGACAUUAACUUUGAGGAUGGCUGGCUGAUGAGGCAGGACACGGAGCCCCUGGUGUACGGCAUGACCCCGCCCGGCGUGCGCAUCCACUGCCUCUACGGCACUGGCGUGGAAACCCCCGACUCUUUCCAUUAUGAAAGCUUUCCUGACAGAGAGCCCAAGAUUUUCUACAGCGAUGGGGAUGGUACAGUGAACUUACAGAGUGCCUUGCAAUGUAGAAAGUGGGUGGACAGGCAAAAACAGGAAGUGGUGAUGUUUGAGCUUUCAGGAAACGAGCACAUUGAAAUGCUGUCCAAUGAUACUACUAUCUCCUAUGUGAAAAAGCUGCUCUUUGAUUUGUGAUAACCUUGUGUUGAUAGUUAUUUUCCUCACCUGUGAUGCCUUCCCUUAAAUAUGGGGAAAUGCCUUUUAAUCCCUUGAUAUUUAGAUAUUUGAAUUAUUUAUUUUGCUUUUUUAAAAGGUUGUUUUCAAGUUGCUUGGUAUUCUAAAUGAUUGUUCGUCUCUGAUUUGUGUUCAUCAUGCUUCAUGGUAUUUUCACAUUCUGAAAAUUUUGUCAAAUAUGCAUUUUGGUGCCUCUGGUCUUGUGUCCAAUGGUCAUAUAGACUUUCAUUUGGAGACUGUGCAGCCCCCUGCACAUACCACAUGGAGUAUGGAUCCCAGAGUUCCUUUGUGUGGUCUUUGCAGGUUUGGAGUGGAAGGCUAGGCAGGAUGGCAAUUUUGGAUGCCCAUGGGAAUGGUAUUAAUAAUUUGGCAAACACAGUAAGCAUUUUAAAGGGUCUUGCAUAUUCUGAUCCACAGUUCCCAGUGGAUUAGUUUAUAAAUGUGCAUAUCUAUUAGGUAAAAUAGGGAAGAGGUAUGCCUGGAACUGUGCUACCAUUGUAGUAAUCCAGACUUUUAUUUAUUACAGCCUGUGGGGGGAAAAAAGAUAGAUGUGUGAAUUAGUUGAAGCUUCUUUAUUAGGUGCCCUACUGGGUUAUUUUAGAAAGAGGAAAUGGUUUACUCAUCAACUUGUAGAAUCCCUGACCGUAUACAGUCUGGAGUCUGAGGAAUUCUCAGCCUGUGAUUUAUUUCUCAGUGAGGGAAUGACACUAAACUUUGGUUGGUGCUUGUUGUAACGGUAGCACGCUUAUUGUGGAGUAGCACAUCAAUCAAAGCUAAUUGAAUACUGGCAAACAAUCUGAAAGGUAUAGAAUUGCAUUUCUGGGUGGAAAACAACCUCCUGUAGGGGAAAUGAUAGUGGAUGGUGGGCAGUAUUUAAAGAAAAGUGAACUUCUGAAAUGGAGUGGGGAAUGAAAGCCAGUAUGGUGUAUAAACCUUGUUCUCAGUCAAAUACUUUGGCUCUGAUCCAGUUACCUGACUAAGCAGUGAUUAGAUCAACAUUGCAUUCCACUAAAAAGAAAUUUUUUGCUUUAGGACUAAAAGUAAUUUCCCAUAGAUUACAAGUUUCAUUUUUUGCUGUUUGAAGAACUGGACAUGUGGUUCCGUAAAUGUUUCUAUAAAUUGCUGAAUAUGCAGUUUUGUAAUUUCCUACAGUGUUGUUCUACUCAAUGUUCAAAUAGUAAUUUCAACUCUGACCUCCACAGAAGUGCUGGCCUAAAGGCCAUCAUAUUUACCACCUUGAUUACAGAAGUCCUGUUGGAGAAAUAGUUAUACUCAAAAAUUCUCUUUUGCUUGCUUUAAAACAAGUCACCCAGUUAGACAGCACUUAGUUUUCUAAAAACACAGCUUUGAAUGCUUUCAAAAUGCUAGGUUCUCCAAGAAUAUUUUGAGAGUUGCAGAAACUCAUCAAACUAUUAAGGACUCAUUACUUAAACUGAAUAUGUCUAAAGGCUAAAGUUUUAACUAUUUUGGUAGCAUGCCUAAAAUGUUUUCUGCCACUGGACAUAUCAAUAAGAUCUGUUGAACUGAUGGGCUUGAACUCUUGCUAUUGUACAAUGGAACAGGAGGUAGUUUUAAGACUUUAGUUUUAAUUCAGAAAUCUCUUGUUAAUUCAAAACAAUUUGAACUAGGGCCAUCAACAAGCCAAUUAUCUUACCAGGUUUUAACUUUCUUAUGUAGCUUUAUUUCCCCCUCUUCAUUUUUUCCUAAUGCUUAUGUUGAAGGAGUGUUGACAUUUUCCUGAUUUUUAAAAUGGAUCAUUAAUCUUGUCCUCACUUGCCCAGGACCCUACAGUCCAGCAGCAAGAUUGCCUAGACUUUUCCAGAGUAAAUACUGAAUUGUCCCCAGCCUUUGCAAUGUGUAACUUAUGAAAUGAAAAAAAAAAAAACAAAAAAACCAAAAAAAACCCCACAACCAAUUAACCUAAACAACCAAUCCCCCCCAAAAGAAGAAGCCCUACAACAACAAGGAGGGGGGAAAAAAAGCCCCCAGCCCACCUUCAAAAAUGCCCUUUAGCCAGGUGAUUAUUUUAUGCAGGGCUUGUCAGCUGGAUAAGCUUCAGGCUUGUGUUCCAAGACUGCUCGAAGAUGAUAAAGCUCUUCCUUGGUCUGACUCAAUUUUUAAAUCAAUGGCUAUUUGAAUAAAUUACGGAAAACAUAUAAUCACAAUCUGUAUUUCUUGCUGAAGGAGAAUGCCUGUUAAUAAGCACUGGAUUGAGUGGAGCUGGAGGCUGUAUUGCAGGAUAUCAACAUAGACAUCAAGGGCUGAAAAAUGAGAGAACAGUGUAGGUAAACAAUUCUUAACCUCAUCUGGAGAAUGUUUGUAAGAUUCAUUUGGAUCCUUACCCAUUAAUCAACAGCAUUUUCAGUCCCAUAGCAAGAAUUUAGCUGCAGGGUUUUUUUGUGAUUUGAAGUUCCAAAAUACAUGAUUCAAAAAACGCUUGUCCUUUUUGCUCUUUUUUUCUUUAGUACUUUUAAAAGAUACUUUUUGUGACCCAAAAGAGGAAAAAAGCACAACUUUUUUGUUCUUUUCUAAUUUUGGUAACCUAGUACUGUGUUUGAGAUUAGUUGGCUGUAUCUUUUAACCUGAAGAUUUUGAAACCAGUUUUCUGUUAGUAGACAAGCCUUGUGAUAGUUAAUGUGGUAAAAUGAAGCUGAAGGUUUUUCAAGGCUUUUAUUUAUGUGUUCUGUUGUUUGUCACUAUAAAGCCUUGUUGUACUGUUGUAAAGAAAUGUGUGUACCUGAGUCCUAAAUACUGUGUGAGAGCAAGCACAGCACCUCUGGUGUUCUCUGAUUGCUUGUGGUGCAUCUGCAGGCUGUAGUUUUAUGUCCAGAAAGUGGGGUCUUUUUUCCCCCUACCAAAUGAUCAGCAGCCCUUUCAUUUGCAGUUUCUUGCAGGCUGGGAUGCAGUUCUCACUGAGAAGUGAAUGCAUUAUUCCCGUUGCUGAAGUGGAAGCCCUGCACUGUGUGUGCGAGGAGUGGCUGCUCCCUGCCCCAGAUCCUCUGCAGGGCAGCAGUGAGCAUUGCUGUCAGACCUGCUGCAGCCACGGGCACUGAGCUGUCUCCAUUCCUGUGGGGAGAGAGGUCUGAAAAAAAAACCUUUAAUGAGAAUGUGGCACUUUGAUAAGAGGAUUAACUCAGGUGCUUUGCCACACUGCACAGCUGAAGUGUCUGAAUUCACUAAUGUAUCUUUUUUGUACCUAAAGCAUUAAUUAUGUGUCUCUCUCCAUAUUUUUACUUAGUUUCAUUCUUCCAGGAUAUUUUCAGAAACCAAAACUAGUCUUGAGGACCAAAUGUGUCUCUUAUUUUUGGCAACUUGUGUAGAAAAUGCUGAAGAAGCUUUCAGCUGUCAUUGUAGUACUUCUGAAGAGCUUCAGAGUCACUAUGUGAUUUGUAUAAAAGCAGAAAGCUUCAAUAACUAGCAAUAAUUGCAAAGGAUUUGCAGGCCAAAGGAAGGAAUGUUUGGUAUUAAGGUAAUUCUUGGAGCACAGUGUGUUCGAGGCCCUCUUAAAUUCAGGGAAUGUUUGGCAGUGACUUUGCUGCUCUACACUAACCAGUAUUUUGUACAGAACCUGUUCUGAGGCCUGGCAUUUUAUAUGUUCUUGUGUAUGAAUGUGUUCAAUAGAUUUUGAAUAUUUUAUUGUCAAAUUUGAUAAUAUAAUAAAGUUGAUCUAAUAC